AUGGAGACGAGUGGAAGAGUAAUGGUGAAGAGAAUGGAGAACGAGAAAAGAAGAGAAAGAAGGAAAGAACAGGAGGAAGAAUGGGAUAAGCCAAAUUCAAAUGAUGACAUCGAGAACGAUAUUGAGGAUGACAUAAAGAAUAAUAUAUCUCAUCAUGGAGUACAUGGAAGUGCUGUUAGAUCAGAACAAGGAAAUGUUGGAUAUGUGGCAUUGGUUGUUACUAUAUUUAUGUUGGUGCUAUGGUGA